AUGGCCGAGUUCGAGUCCACCGUCCUGCAACAGAACGAUAUCUUCUAUCGAAUCAACCGCACGGUGGAGAAUCUCAAAAAACGGGGGAAGGACAACCUGACUCGGCAGCAUCUAGACGCCACGCUCGAGCUGCUCGAUUCCAAAUGGAGGAAGUUCGCUGACGCUCAUUCUGUCCUUCUCGGUAAGCGAACGAGGGAGCUCGAUUCUCACAAGUAUUUUCAAGACGACUUGUAUGAUCAGUGCGAGACCGCUUACAUCGACGUCAAAGCGGAAGUGCUUCGGAUGCGCGAUCGUGCGGCUUCGCCGUGUGCGUUCAAUACUUCUCUCGGCAAUAACACUUCUCGCCUUGUCUCUAGCACCGCGCGAUCCCUCCCGAAAAUCACGCUUCCGAAAUUCUCGGGCGAUUACGAGUCGUGGACGUCAUUUCGCGAUCUCUUUCAGUCCAUGGUCGGCUCCAACGACGACAUCCCUGCGGUGGAAAAAUUCUAUCAUCUCAAGAGCAGUCUCACUGGGGAUGCCGCUCGGCAUAUCGCGAACGUCCCGGUCACCGACGAUAAUUUCGGUCCAGCGUGGGAUGCGCUCGUGGCUCGGUACGAGAACAAACGUGCUAUCGUUAGCGCUCAUUUGGACAAGUUUUUCGCUAUCGCCCCAAUCGCGCGCAAAUCCGUCAGUGAUUUAAAAGGUGUGGUAUCUACCGUUAAGGAAGCGCUCGGUGGGCUCGGAGCUCUCGGUGCGCCUAUCGAUUCGUGGGACUUCAUCUUGGGUACCGCCACGGAUCCGGCAACGUUCCGCGAGCUCGACGAUUUUCUGGAUGGGCGCAUUCGCGCUCUAGAGGUGAUCGCUCCCGGGAAUUCCAGCAAGAAUAUCAAGGCCGCUAAAACGCUCGCUACGAAGCCCGCUUCGCGCGUUAACGCCGUCAACGCUUACUUGCUCAAGUGCUCCUUCUGUGACGGUUCUCACUUCAUAGCCUCCUGUAACGAAUUCGCUGCCAAACCGACGGAGGAUCGACGCGAGUUCGUUGUAUCAAAACGCUUGUGUGCGAACUGCCUCGGCAAUCACCGGUUAAUCGAAUGCAAAUCCGCUAAACGAUGUCGGCUCUGCGGUGGGCAUCAUCAUACUCUCAUUCAUCGUGCGUCCGCGACCUCGAGUGCUGCAUUGCAGCCCGGUCAAAGUGCCGCGAGCGAAGCCUCAUCCUCCGCUGCAGCAUUUGCCGUCGCCACAGGCUCAGGCGCUAUCUCACUCCACGCGUCCGGGUGUCGCCUGGAUGCGCCGGCGAUGACGUUGCUGCCCACCGCCCGCGUCCGCGUGUUGAAUCGCUCCGGGCAGGCAAUUGAAGCGCGCGCUCUUCUCGAUCUUGGCGCGGAGCUCAGCCUUGUCCGUGAAUCGUUCGCGCAGCUCCUGCGGUGUUCUCGUCAUCGCGCGAGCAUUCCUCUACUCGGAGUCGGGUCCUUACCAUCGUACACCACGCAUGGCGCACUUGCUCUCCGAUUGCAAUCCUGCGUCGACCCCACGUUCGAGUUCGACGCUGCUGCUUACGUUGUGCCUUGCGUGAUGAGCCGGGCGCCUGGAGAGCUGGUGGACCCGACCGCAUGGAGCCAUCUGGGCAAUCUGCCUCUCGCUGAUCCAACCUGGUAUAAGCCUGGACCUCAUCCUUGGCUCGGACUCGCGCAGCAUUCCAAGCUCGGCUGGGUAAUAUACGGCCCGUCUGGCGUGGUACCGAACCUGUCUACGCCCACUGCAUCGCCGUCGCACGGCACUAGCAACUGCCCAGAACGGGAGCUCGAGACUCUACUCCGCCAAUUCUGGACGCAGGAGGAAGUCGCACCCACGUCUCAAUCCGCACUCACGGAGGAUGAAGCUCACUGCGAGGCGCAUUUUCGUGACACUCACCGGCGCUCUGCAUCAGGCCGAUACAUUGUCCGCCUACCGUUUAAAACCUCUGUCUCAUCUCUCGGUAGCUCUCGCUCACGCGCGGAGCGUGCUCUCCGCCGACUGCAACAGCGCUUCGCCUCCAAUCCAGAAAUCGCGCAACUCUACGCCGAUUUUCUCCAGGAAUACGAGACUCUCGGCCAUAUGGUUAAGACGUCGCCAGCAGACACGCAUUCUGGCGCGUCGUUCUUCCUGCCGCAUCACGGGGUGUUGCGACCCGGCAGUUCAUCGUCCAAAUUGCGCGUCGUUUUCAAUGGCUCCGCUCCUUCCUCGUCCGGGGUCUCCCUCAACGAAUGCCUGCACAUAGGCCCAAAGCUCCAACAGGAUCUCACCGAUGUCUUGCUCCGCUGGCGUCGAGACGGGCCUCCGCAGGAGUAUCUAUUGUGUACGGUGACCUAUGGGUUGUCGUGCGCUCCGUACCUCGCCCUGCGCUUAUUGUCGCAGCUCGCCGCCGAUGACGGCCCUCAAUUUCCACUGGCUGCCCCAGUUCUUCAAGGUGAGAUGUACGUCGACGACGUCCUGUCCGGCGCGGAUACGCUAUCUCUCGCGCAAGCCAAGGCUGAACAAUUGAACAAUCUGCUCAUGGUCGAGGAUGCUCGCAUUGCGUCUACUGCACCAAGAGCGUUCUCGCUCGACGCAUUGCCCCGGGCUCUCGGUCUCGCCUGGAAUCCGCGUGAUGACUUCUUUAUCUUUCAGUUGAACUUGCCGCGGGCGUCCACCACGUUGACUAAGCGAGUGGUGCUCUCACGAGUCGCCCAACUGUUUGAUCCUCUAGGGUGGAUCGCUCCCAUCAUCGUCGUGGCGAAGAUCUUUCUCCAAGGUCUGUGGAAGCUUCAAGUGCCGUGGGACCAGCCACUUCCUGCACCGUGGGCUCAACGAUGGCUGGACUUCGAGGCGGAACUAAAUGCCAUCUCGUCUAUCUUUCUCUCUCGCUGGCUCGGCAUCCAUCCAUCCGCCUCCAUGGAAAUCCACGGGUUUUCGGAUGCUUCAAACGCCGCCCUCGGAGCUGUGCUCUACCUUCGAUGUAUCACGAUCGAAGGUCAAACAACGGUGUCAUUGAUCACCGGAAAAAGUAAGGUUGCUCCGCUCAAGCGUACGACGAUACCGCGCCUCGAACUUUCUGCAGCGUUGCUUUUGUCUCGCCUUCUGUCCCGAGUCCGGACGACUCUUCAACUCUCGAGCACGCCGGCGCAUCUAUGGACUGACUCCAGCGUGGUCUUGGCAUGGCUGCAAGGCCACCCAUCCAGAUGGAAGGACUUCGUGGCGAACAGAGUCGUCGCCAUUCACGAUCUCGCUCCUGACGCUUCCUGGCAUCACGUCAGCGGGACCGACAACCCCGCGGACUGUGCCUCGCGGGGCCUCUCUCCUCGAGAGCUCCUAACGCAUCGACUCUGGUGGGAUGGCCCACCUUGGCUUUCCUCUCACGUUGCGUCCUGGAACACCGCAGCUCCGCCUCCGGAUGGUGCAGUCGAUUUGGAGGAGCGACCGGCUCGACCGUGA